GAGGAUCCUGCAAAGGCCGGGCUGAAGGAAGGAUGCGUUGGUCUCAACACAACCGAUAGGCCUACCGUAUUCCCAACGUCGUGCAACACAUCUUUGCACUUCGUGUGUGAGAAGGGCGCAGAGGAUCUGGAAUACACAGAAUCAAGCAUGACGACCAUCGAAGCAGCAGUCACUGCGACCGCAGGUUCUACCUCACCCAUCGAACCCAUGACACCGUGUGAGGAUCAAGGGAACAGCCAGACGGACCGCCCCGCCUCAAAACGCCGGUCUGCCGUCUUUGCCUCGACCUUCGCCAGUCAUGACCCUGAAGGACGCCCUCAAGCAGGACUGUGCCCCCAGGGCCACGUGAUGGCAACCAGACGCGCGCGCAGUCCGAUCGUCUGCGCCGUGGCGUGCUCGCGCGACGCGCGAUGCCGGUCGUUCAAUUUCCACGAGAACGAGGAAAGGUGCGAGAUGAUGAAUGUCGUGGAGUCUGGGCACGUGAAUGUUGGUCUGGUUGAUUUGGAGGAAUGCGUCUAUAUGAAGCGCAUGGUUUAGGCCUUUCUGCAACCUCGUUCCCUUGGAUACUAUCAUGUUGCGCCAUGUUAUUACAAUGCCUUCCCUGAAGGAAUGCGCACGACCCAAGGAGUAGAGGAUGUCCUUUCCGUUGGUUACAAAGAUUGAGUGCCAUUUUUAUUGGCGGCCAGAAGUUAGUAUAAAAUCUAAGCAUAGCUGACACGUUUCUGUCCAAUGUUAUACAUUUACACCUUCACAGUGACCUUAUGCGUUAAUUGCGGAUUAAGAUGACAAUGCUAUGUAUCACUUGUUAAGGCAUGUCUAUUUUGUGGAUUCGUUUUUGAAAAAAGUAAAAAUUGACAAAUUACAACCUCUGAGAUACCAGCUGCUGUAUCUUAUAAGUUCUACAUGUAUUUACGUGGGGGUGUCUAAAUUUAACUUUAAUAUUGGUAAUGUCUUUUAAUUAAAGUGAUGUUUAACAGUACACUUGUACAGUAUUGCUCUGUAGACUAUACGCUUUCUGAUGUCCUAACCAUUCAAGUUUUCUAAUCACUGGUUGGCACAAACGUGGGAUGUGACGUAGCUAAAAGAUUUAGCCGGAGUUAAUUGGAUCCGGACACACAACUUUACA